AUGAACGGUGAAUCCAGUAAUAGGUACAGAAGGAAUCAUGUUGGUAGAGGGAACAGAAGAAUUCAGCAGAGGCAAGGUCAACGUCAGCUAGCUCCUCCUCCACCCGCAGAGGAAAUAGUGGGCGAACAACGUCGAGCAAUAUCCAAUAGUUUUGGUUCAUCCGAACUAUCAUACAGUGGAAGCGAUACAAUUGUCUCCGUUCCUCACGGGGAGAAAUACGAAGGGGCAUGGAAGAGAAUGAUCAAGAAAGGAUUUUUGAAUCAACAUCAACUGAGAAGAUUCAUAACGUCGUGUAUUGUUGAUGCAAAGAAAGCAGGUUAUGAAUUAAAUACGCUCAUAGAAGAAUUAGGUUCUUCGAACGGAUUAGAAAGAAUCAAAGAAAUCGUGAAGUUUCCGACGUCAGUGGACGCGGGAAAACAACCUCACAUCGCAUCUUUUCAACGCGUAACCUUACCCUUCCUAGCACUGUUGAUUCGUGAAGGAAUUAUCGAGUGCACCUUUGAGAAAGAAAUAAAUGCCAUCUAUUCUAUCAUCUAUAAUAAUUUGGACUCUUUUGUGGACGACAGCGUGAUGUCCAGGCUUCAAGAACUGGUGACAAGAAGGGAUGUGACUGACCAAAGAGUGAGUCAAAAUGAAUUACUUGCUGACGAUCCAAAUGCGUUUAUUCCCACUUCUAUUGGUCAAUUUUUUUUGGUUGUUGUUCGAUUGGUCAAAGAACUUUUAAAGCGUAUAAAAGCCGCAUCGUCUAACGAAACGGUGUGCAAAAUUGCCGAAAAGAUUAGGAGGUUGAAGGACGAGUUGUACGAGUCCUUUCAACAACAACUCUUCAUUUCUGAUCCACUCACAUCCGACGAGAAGAACAGAGAUUAUUUCUUUCUGAUUUUGAAAAAAGAAAUCGAUGAUGUGAAUAAUAUGUUAGGGAGAAUAAAUAAUGAUAGCAACUUGUUGGUACCGAAAACAAGAAAAAUAGAAAAUUCAAAAGUCGACUAUUAUAAAAAUAUGUCUAGAUUGGCAGACUUGCAGAGGAUUUAUGACCCACCAGGUGAACUUUCAUCGGAUGGCAAGCGUCAUGAUAAUGACUGCGAUAAUAUAUCCGAGAUAUCUAUCGUUCCUACCAAACAGGAAACAAUAUGCCAACGCCAACCAUAUUUACCUAGUAUGAUUGAGGAUGAUUCUAUACAUCAUCUGCCUAAAGGUGUCGCACGUCUUCUCGACAGGCAAUUUCGUUUGCUCAGAGAAGAUAUGCUUAACGAUUUUCGUCUGUGCAUCAACGGCUUCAUUGAUUUUCUUAGAGAAUCGAGCGAAAAUAGCACACAAAUGCAGAAACUUAAGAAUCGAGGAAGAUACAGGCAUAAUAAUCAGGGGGAUAAUAGCGAUCUAAACGUUUACACCGAAGUGAAAAUUUCCGAUGUCGUCAUAACCAAGUAUAGAGGAUUUUCUUGUCGAGUUUCAUUCACUCCGCCCAAUGCUCAAAGAACACGGCAAGCACGUAAAGCUUACUGGGAAAAAUCCAAAAAGCUUUCACAAGGAAAUAUGGUUUGUCUUCUUUGGCCAAACGAAGAUAUUUCCAGUGGCGGGAGAAACCCCAUCAACGCCGCAGAAUAUUCCAUAUAUUUUGGCACAGUCGCUGAGAGAAAUGUAGACCUGUUGUCAAAAGAAGUGGAAAGUGCACAGAUAGACAUUAAUUUCAUCGAUCUUUCCAUAUUUUCGAUCGCCAUGAAAGAUAUUGAUAUUUUAAACAAAAAUGCUUCUGGAAAAUCGAUCAGGAAUCGUUUUAUGGUUGAAUCGACAGAUCUUCUUUUUGAAAGUUUUAAGAAUAUAUUGAAAAUACUUCAAGAAUCGAAACCCGAGUCUUUCCCAUUUGCAAAGUACCUCGCGCCACGAUCAGAUGAGGAUAUAACUGGCGAGGUCGCUGAUGUCGAGCCGCCCACCUAUACCAUGGCCCCUGGCUUCAGAUUUGAUCUCUCGGUUUUACUCGAUGACAAGAACAUGGAAUUGCAUUUGAAUACUGUAGACGAGCAUUCUAGAAGUAAUGCGACCGAAUGCCUGGAAAAACAUGGCAAGCUUGAUAAGACUCAAUCCCAAGCGCUUGUCUCGGCUCUGAGUCGCGAAGUUGCACUGAUCGAAGGACCUCCUGGGACGGGCAAAUCUUAUAUCGGUGUUCAAAUUAUGCGCACAUUGUUGGCGGAAAAAAAUCGCAAGCACAGAUUAGGGCCAAUAAUUACGAUCACCUACACAAAUCAUGCAUUGGAUUCAUUUUUACAGAGUCUUUUGGAUCAAGGUAUAAGCAAUAUCGUGAGAAUGGGUACAAGGUCAAAAUCGGAAGCCAUUAUGAAAUAUCAGAUCGAUGAGAUCCGAAAACGUGGAGGUUUUGCUCGGGGACCGAGGGAAGUAUUGAGAAGUGUUAGAGACACUCAUGUUGAACUAAACUAUAUUCAGAAGAGAGCGGAAGAAAUUAUAAAUAGCAAAGAAUCUAAUCUGAUUAGCUGGGAACACGCUUCAGUCACCACAUACUUACAGAACAAUUAUCCGUCACAUUAUCAAAAUUUUGUGAUUCCUAAUAUUCCGCAUGACCUUUUGGAAGACGAAGACGAUGAAUGGCAGACAGCUCGUCGGAAAAAGAAGAAAAUGUCAAUACUCGGACAGUGGAUUCAUGGCACAGACUUAACGAGGGCCGAACAGUUCAAAUCCAAUUUAGUUGAUAAUGAAGUAGAGAAAGCAGAAGGGAAUACUAUAAUUACUGACCAUUUUUUGGCCGUCUAUAUACACAGGCGCGAAGAUCAUCAAACAACAAGAUAUCCUGAUGUUUGUGGAGUGCAGAGCAAUGUUUUCUUCAUUGACCACCGAAAUCCAGAGGAUCCAUCGAAAAAUGAACAUGCUCUUCAAUCUCACUCUAAUCAGUAUGAAGUCGAGAUGGUUGUAGAGAUGGUGAAGUACUUUAUCAGAAACGGAUAUUCAAAAUCAGAGCAGAUUGCUGUUCUUACACCGUAUUUAGGUCAAAUGAUUAAAAUAAGGGACGCUCUGUCAGGAUCCUUCGUGGUUGUGAUAGAUGAUCGCGAUAAUGAUGCUAUCACGGAUUUUCAAGAUUCACAGGAUGAUAAUGCUGAUCGACAGAAUCAACAGGAAUCAGAAAGUGUGGCAUCAAGAAAAAGUUUAACACAACAGGUUCUGAUGGCAAUGCUUUUAACGAAUUUUUCUAUUCUCUCCUCUAACAUUCACGUUCAUCUAAAAGGCGAAGAGGCCGACAUAGUUAUUAUUUCACUUGUCAGAAAUACUGCGAAUGCAAAAGAUCGGGGUUCUAUCGGUUUCUUAAAGUCUAAAAAUCGAACAAACGUUUUACUUUCGCGAGCUCGACAAGGCAUGUAUCUUAUUGGCAAUGCCGAACUCAUGGGGAAAAGGUCCAAAAUGUGGGAUGGGGUAAUCGGGAUUCUCCGAUCUCGCCAACCGCCGCAGGUUGGCGAAGGAUUUCCGACGGUAUGCGCACUACACCCCGAUUAUAAGAACAUUAUCAGCAGACCCGAACAAUUCAAGGAAGUGUCACCUGACGGAGGAUGCACGCUUCCCUGUAGUACAAAACUCAACUUUGGAAUUUGUGGAGAGAAAUGUCCAUCAUCCAAAUUCUGCGUGAUGUGCGCUCCUGACGAUGUAAAGGGUCAAGUCGUUGACGAGCGAUUAACCUUUGCCAAGGUUGAUUGGAACAAUGAACUUAUGGUUGUUCUCGACUGCGAUCACGUAUUUACGGCCAAAAUGUUAGAUAGAGUAAUGGAGAUGGAAAAUUUCUAUCAAGAUGAUGGACUGGGUAACUGGGUCACAAUAAAACCCAUUGUUGGUCGGCCGGUAGACCUCAAACGCUGCCCUUAUUGUUUUAAACCAAUUAUGAAUAUUUGUCGCUAUGGGAGAGUGAUUAGAAAACACAUCCUUGAUACUCAAAAUAGUAAAUUUUUGGUUAAACUCGGUUCAAAAUUAAAACAAGCGAAUACCGAGUUAAAAUUUUUAAUCGAUAAGUUAGAAAAAGACCGAAAAGAAUUCAUCAAAAAGUUAAAAAGUACCAAAAAAUUUCGGGGAAUUCCCGAAAAAUCGAACAAAGUAUUUAAUCAUUCGUCAACAGAAAUUACUCUGCAGGAACGUUUUAAAGAACUUCAGUAUUACUAUUUGAUACCACCAUCCCAUGAGAAGUUAUGGAAUAUGUAUGUGCAGCAUCUUCUCGAUUUUUACCUCAAGCUUUCUCGUCUGAUAUCUGACGCGGGUAACCCGCCAUACAAGCUCGCCUAUGGUGCUGCGGUAUCAAGUUUGCAAGACUUUUUACACAGAUCUGAGAAAAAAUCAGAAAUGAAAAUAGACGAAUUGAUUGGAGCCUUCGAAUCAUUAGAAAUAUCCGUUGAUAAUUCUAGCCAUUUUAGGGAAAGUUUAGAAGAGGUGGGAAUUGUGACACCCAAAAUUGAGAGACGGAUUUACCUUGACGCAUUCCUCAAAAUAGUUCAUGUUCAAAAAGUACUAUUCCACGAGGUUUCUUUAAUCAUUGCCGAAUUAAAAUCAACGAAGAAUUCUUCAUCGCAUUACAAAAAUUGGUUGAAAUUCUCUGCUUUCUUGGAAAUAUCUACCAAGAAUCAUCUAAAACGAAUAAUUAAUACAGCGUCGGAAACUCAUUACAAACGUCAUUCGGUUCUAUCAUCAUUGGAGUUGGCCGAGUUUUCUUGCACAAUUUGGAUAUUUAAGCUGAAGAACAAUGUCCUUUCUAAAUCGAGCAAACUAGGGAUUAAAAAACGCAUUACUGGUGAAUGCGAUAAGAUUGAAAGAAUUUGCUUUGAUAUUCAGGAUUCACUUCGAAAAUUGGGUUCAGAAGAUUUUGAGCGAAAAUGUCACGAACGAAUUAUUGGAAUUCAUCAAGAUAUUCAAAAACUUCGUGUCGCUGCAGAAGAUCCCGAGCAAUUGGCAGAAAAGGAAAAAUUACAAAUUCACGAACCGAUAUGUGAAGAAUUCUAUAAGUCGGAUCGUUGGCGUCAAUGUCCUAGAGGUCAUCCAUACACCGUUGGUGAAUGUGGACCACUCAUGCGUAAUAAUAGAUGCCCGGAUUGUGGGGAAUUCCUUAAAGGACUAAGGUGA